GCAUUGAAAGAUCGAUUAUUUAUUUGACGUUCUUUAAUAAGUGCAUUUUAAUAAAUUCGUUAUAUUAUCAAAAGCAUUCGUUUUAUUUAUAUAUGACAAAAACAUGCCGAUUGCAUUAGCAGAGUUAUCAGGAGACACAGAAGAAGGAUCGCGAACAUUUGUUUUUACCAAUGAAGAUCAUACGCUAGGCAAUCCAUUAAAAUCUAUAAUAUGCAGAUAUGAUGAAGUUGAUUUUUGUGGCUACACAAUACCACAUCCUUCCGAAAACAAAAUGCAUUUUCGUAUACAGGCGAGAGGAGUGAGAGCAAUAGAUAUAUUGCGACGUGGUCUGGAAGAGCUACAGAAAAUCUGCGAUCAUACCAUUCAAACAUUUGAAUCUGAAUUCCAAUUUUUCAUUGAAAACAGUAAUAAAAUGCCCAGCAGUUCCUCAUUAAAUAGUUAAUAAAACAAUUAAGUUCGUUAUCU